AUGACUGACUCCUCCUCCUCUGAUUCCACCAAGUCCUUUUUCCACCCAGCUUUGGCUGUCUCAAACAUCAAAAAUCACAUCUCCAUUACUCUCGAGAUGGAAAAUGUCCAAUAUGUGACGUGGGCGGAACUCUUCAAAUUUCACGCAAAAUCCCACAGAGUCCUUCACUAUAUCAUUCCACCGGAAUCAGGGAAAGAGAAGGUACCCAAAACCGAUGCUGAAAAAGAGCUAUGGUCAACUCUUGAUGCCACAGUUCAUCAAUGGAUUUAUGCUACAAUCUCUACUGACCUGUUGCAUACUAUCCUUGAACCCGACUCCAUGGCCAUGGAUGCUUGGAAUAAGCUGCGUGACAUAUUCCAAAACAAUAAAAAUUCUCGAGCCGUCACUCCUGAGCAUGAAUUUUCUCACGCCAAUAUGGAGGACUUCUCUAAUGCUUCCGCGUAUUGUCAACGACUCAAGAUUCUAUCCUAUCAACUUAUGAACGUAGGUGCUCCAGUCUCAAACAACCGCCUCGUCCUUCAAAUGGUAGCCGACCUCAGUGAAGCCUCUAAGGCGGUGGGUACAAUCAUCCGUCAAAGCAAUUCCCUUCCUUUCUUUUAUCAAGCCCGUUCAAUGCUCAUUCUUGAAGAAACAGGCUUUACCAAACAGCUUGCUACAAGAUCCACUACCGCCAUGCUUGCUCAGGAUUACGAUGAUAAUCCAUCUUCUGGAAAUAACCACCCAAACCGUUAG